GUUUGUGUGUGAUCAUCUGCUAUUCAUUCUGUUUACAGAAAAUGUAUAGACUCUGUUUACAGAAAAUGUACAGACGAAAGAAAACACAAGAGAGAUCAUACAAGUGUGAAAAGAAAUACCCAUCAUUCCCUUCGAGUAUUCUCGAGCAAAUAGAGCUCCAAUCGACGAGGCUGACAAAGCUCUCCACCAACUCCACCACAUGAAUGUUUGUCAACGUCGUCGAUUGAGCGCUCUAUUUGCUCGAGAAUGGGUUUUUCUUUUCACACUUGUAUGAUGUCUCUUGUGUUUUCUCUCGUCUAUACAUUUUCUGUAAACAGAAUGAAUAGCGGAUGAUCACACACAAAUAAAAUGGUAACAAUGACAGUGAAUCUACCGAUUCAUUGAUAAAGGAGGCGAAAUUCAUCGCUUCUUCCACCUAUGCAGAUCAAACAAAAUGGGGUGGGUUUUCUGUAUUAUGCAGUUGCAGAAGAUUACCUGACAGGGUUCACUUUACAGUGCAAAGGCUGGACUUCUGUGUUUCAUGCCACAUCAGUGCCCCAAUUUUUGGGCACUGCCACAACGAAUUUGAAUGACCUACUGACUCAAAGCAUUAGAUGGAGCUCUGGAUUGAUGGAUGUUGGUCUCUCUAAGUUUUUCGCUUUUAUAUAUGGUCCUUCAAAAAUGUCUUUUCUCGGGAAAAUGUGCUAUGGUGAGCUUUCGUUCUUCCCUCUCUAUUGCCUGCCUCUUUGGUGCUUUGCUACUGUCCCUCAACUCUGCCUAUUUAAUGGCACCUCUAUAUAUCCUGAGGUCUCAAACCCAUUUUUUUUUAUCAUAUUUCCUUUCAUAUUUAUGUCAUCGAGCAUUAAACUUUUGUAUGAAAUAUUCAUAACUGGAGGAUAAUUUCGAUCAUGGAUAAACGAACAAAGAAUAUGGAUGAUAAAAUCGAUUACUUCUCACUUGUAUGGAUGUUUGGAUGCAUUCAUGAAGAGAAUUGGCAUGAGAAAAACCAGUUUCUUGGCGACAAACAAAGUCGAUGAUGAUGAACAAGUUAUGCUAUACACAAAAGGUUUGAUUGAUUUCCGACUUCAGCAAUGGUCUUGCUCCAUUGAUAACCCUAAUGAUGUUGAACAUGGUUUCCUUUGUUGUGGGAAUGGCAAGGCUAAUCCUUGUGGGAGAUUUGCAGAAAUGGUUUCUUCAAGUUUUGAUAUCAUUUUAUAUCUUAGUAAUGAGUUUCCCUAUCUUAGUAAUGAGCUUCCCUAUCAUAUAAGGAAGGACAAGGGAAGAAUUCCUCCAUCAAUGACCAUUUUCUCUGCUUCUGUUACAUUGCCCUUGAUUUUCUUGCCACUAGGAUCUAGAUUUUUAAUGUAUUAAAUAUCAUAUUAGUUUGGUACCUAUUUCUUUUUGUAAGAUGCAAAAU